AUGGCGUCCGGACUUCUUACACCACAACUUCCCAUCACAGGCACCUUCGCCGUGCCUCUCGGUCUCUACUACGUCCUGCUCUCCGGCCGCGUCGUCGCGCAACGUCUCCAGAGCAAGAAGCUCACCGACCAGCCCGUCGGUGGCGCAGCCGCCGACACCAAUGGUCUCGCCGCCUCCAUCCGCGCGCAGGUCAACUUCGCCGAGAAUGUCCCGCUGGCAUUGAUCCUCGCCGGCAUUGUCGAGCUCAACGGUGGUUCCCGACGUGUCUUGACUGGCGCGCUCAGUGUCUUGGUCGCCGCGCGUGUACUUCACGCCCACUUCGGUCUGCUUUUGCAGAACUCCAGUGGCUUCGGACGGCCGAUUGGUUACCUUUCCACCCAAGGUGUCGUCGUUGGUCUUGUUGGAUACUCAGCUUACCUGCUUAAGAGCUUCUGGGGCUACUAG